CCACCAGACGUUACGCACUGGCACAACACGGAAGUGAGGGAUUUGGCUGUAGAUCCUGGAGGUUCAUCUUCUCCUCGAAUAAGCAACAGAGCAGGCAGAAUGGGGAUCUGGCUGCUGCAUUGUGCCACACAAGUUUGCUUUUCCAAGGGGAGUUUAUAAGUAUAAGACUCCCCUUGAUAAUGUUCAGUAAUUUAUUUAGUUUGAAUACUUGUUGAUUAGUUAAAUAUCCAUAAAUCUGCCGGACCUGACAGGGAAACAAAGAGACAGGAAGAGAGAAACAAGAAAAGAAAAAGAAAAAAAAAACAACAACAAAGGGGGAUAGAGAAGAGAAAAGGAAGAGUGCAAGAAUACAAUAAUCUUCCAAUUGAAACCGACACAACAGACAACAAGUUAGUACACCUUAACAAAGACACAGCGGAAAGCAUCCUACGGGUUUUGUUAGGAAACACAGCUAGUAAAUAUUCAGAACAACUAUGUGAAAUGAACAAACUGAGGAAAUAUGUCUUUUGAUAUUUUGGCACCAGGAUAAACUUAACACCCCACAAGACAACAUGGUUGCUAUGUCCACAUGCAGAGUACGGUGCAAUUGUGACUGUGAUCAUGCAACUAUGACCUCUGACCUCCGUGAAGGCCAGAAGCGGGCCCGAGAGCCCACAAGACCCAGGUGAGCCGGCAGCAAUCCCAGAGUAGAGAUCCGAGCCACCAAACCACGAGGACGACCACGGAUCGGCCCGGAAGGGGGCAGAGGGAGAACCCGGCCAGGACCCCCAGCGUCCAGCGGGGCCGGGCCCCAGGCGACCAAGACCGGCGGCUGCCGACCCCGCCAGGGGCCGGAGGCCCAGGGUGGACACAGCCCAGGACCCCGGGCCCCAGGCAUCCAAGAGGCAACCCCCGCCCCCCCAGGCAAAGGGCCAACAUCACCAGGGGAACCGGCCACCCCAGACGGCCACCUGGCAUGGGCCGGCGCCUCCGCCGCAGCCCAAGAUCCAGGGCACCCCACCCCCCCAGUUGUUAUAAACUCUUUAUGAAAGCAAAUUUCUCAUCGAUUUUUCCCAUAAAUACUAGAUAAGGAAGGUGAAAAUGAAAGUCAGCGUUACUGUCUGACUUAUUUUUAUCAUCCAGAAUAACAACUGACGUAUACAUAUAACGAUAAUAAUAAUAUUUAAUAAAUUGAUGGUGCAGUAUUUAUUAUGUUUACAUCAAGUGGAUUGUGAUGUGGCAACAUCUUCUCAGUAUCGACCAUUAAUUUCAGAGCUUUCAUAUAAGCAGUAAAGUCAUAAAAGUACUAUAACUACACUUUGAAAUCACUUCACUACAAGCAAAAGUCCUGCGUUUACAACUUCAUUUAAAAGCAUUGUCAGCAUGUUUUAAAGCAUCAAAAAUAGAAGUAGUUACUGUAAAGUACACGUGAUGUUUCUGGAUGAGUAUUACUGCUGCAGUAAUGUGAAUGUUGCAUUUUACUGCUGUAGAUAUUCAUGGUCGAGCUAAUUCUAACUACUGUAUAUGCAUUUGAGAAGUUUAAUCAGAUCACAUCAUGUAAGAUCACCGUGUUUGUAGUGUUCCUAUCCUAUGAGUCUGUGAGGCUGUUCAGCUGGGGUAUUACUGGGGCAAAAACCUGAGGGUGGAUGACACCAGAAGACCCAUUAAACUUUUUCACGAGGCUUGCUCUGUCCUGGGGUGGAGCUGGUCUGUCUACAUACAGUAGGGAAGAGAAGCAUCUUGUCAAAACUCUCUUUUCAUCAUGGACAAUGUCUCCCACUCUCUACAGAGACUUACGAUAACAAAAGGCUCCUCUGAACAUCACAGAAAGCUGUAGUUGUCUGCCUGAUUGACUCGUCUUUGUGCUAAAUGUUGUGUUUAACUAGAUUAAGCAGGUCAUCCUCCACAAUCACUGAAACUGCAUCAAGAAAAAUCUCUUUGGAGAGUUUUGAAGCUUGUUCUCACUAUAGAGCUUGUUAGAGCUUGAGCACAACACAUUUUCCAGCUAAUCCUCAUGGGUUAUUAAAUGAUUUAUUUAAGUAGAUAAAUGUUGAAGUUGCCCGUUAAGUUUGUGCUUAAGUACGGAACUGGAGAAAAUGUAUUUAGGAACAUUUUUCCAUUGCUGGUUACUGGUAAUUUAAUAAUAUUUUGUGUAAAAAUUUUGAAUAAUAUUGAUAAGUUCUGUGAAUUAAUAGAUAAGUCCGUAAAUUUGCACAUGAUUCAAAUGAGCACAUCUGACAAUUUAAGGUAUCAUGUUGAUGCAAAAUUUGGACAAACAAAAACAUCACGUGGUCUCAGAAUAUAUCAUCUAAUCAUAUGAGUGUUAUAAAGACAAAGUGUCUGUUCUGUUAGCGUCUGUUCAUGACCUGCUGACCUCUUGUGAAUCUGUCUCUGCCCUCAGGUCUCCUCUGUAAACGCCUCAUGUGGACAGAAUCAGGUGCAGCAGCUCCUCUGUAAUGAUGACAUUUAGUUAAAGCUGUGAGUACUCCAAUGGAAGCUCCGGUCACAGCUCCCAACUCCUCCACUCUGCCUCCACCGAUCCCCCUGGGUCCUGCCGUCGCCCCGUCGGUGCAGCUCGGCUUCACUAUCCUCUACACCACUUUGUACGCCGGCCUCUUCCUGGUGGUCUACGGCCAGCUGUGGCUCCUCUACCUCUACAGACACAAGAGAUGGAGCUACCAGAGUGUCUUUCUCUUCCUCUGCCUGCUGUGGGCUGGCCUUCGCACCACGCUCUUCUCUUUCUACUUCCAUAACGCUCUGGAAGCCAACCACCUUCCUGUUGCAGUCUUCUGGCUGCUCUACUGCUUUCCUGUGUGUCUGCAGUUUUUUACUUUCAGCCUUAUUAACUUGUAUUUUACUCAGGUGUUACUCAAAGCAAGAGAGGCGUACAGCUCAGAACUGAAUAAACGACAGUGGAUCACACGGUUCAUCUACGGUGCUUUUAGCGCCAUCUUCCUCACCAUCAACAUUGUGUGUGCAGCUCUCGGGGACCGAGGCAGCAGAGGAGAGGCAGGAGACCGAACCUGGAAUCUAGUCCUGGUUCGAGUGCUGGUCAAUGACCUGCUCUUCAUCCUGGAUGCUGUCCUACUGGCUGUCGUGCUGCUGCUCCUGACACGGCACUCACGCUCCACCAGUGCCUACCUGGUCAGCAAGGGGACCACAGUGUGUCGUACAGCGGCUCUGGGAGCAGCAGUGAUCUUCUUGUUUGCCAGUCGAGUCUGCUACAACCUGACAGUCCUCUUUCUGUCCGACAGCCAGCGGGUGGAGUCCUUCAACUUUGACUGGUACAACGUCUCUGACCAGGCUGAUUUACGCGAUGAACUCGGCGACAGAGGCUACCUGGUGUUUGGAGCCAUCCUCUUCAUCUGGGAGCUGCUCCCAACCAGCCUGCUCAUCCUCAUCUUCAGAGUCCGCCGGCCUGCUCAGGAGAGCAGCAGCAUGGUCAUCAACAACAGGGUUCUGCCUCGUCCGUAUUUCUUUGACGACCCUCAAGCCAGCGAUGAGGACGCACCCGUUCCGUGGGCUCGCAACUCAAAUCCACACACAAGCUGGUAUGGAUCAGAGACGGCUCCCCUCCUGUUCUCCAGCAACCCUCCAGACCAGAACCACCAGCAUCACUCUUUCUACUCCACCCCUCAGAACUGACCGCUGUGCAGCCAGCAGUACCUCCCUCUGUGAGCAGAUUUGCACUGAAAACCUCAGGAAAUCACCUCCCCUCAGCGACUGUGCACCUUGUAGCGUUACAGAGAAUAUAUUUGAAACUUGUUGCUGUUUUUCUGUAAAAAGGGAUCAGACUUGGUGAGCAAAAACCCUUCAUGACUUUAACGGGCAGACGUUGUUCUCAGCCAGUUCCUUUUACGUGUUAAGCUGAGACUUAGACACACAGUUGGUUUGUUUUAUGUCAGUGAUUAUUCCACUGUGGGUUUACGAGUCUGACAGUUCCUAAAUAUGGCACAUUUAGCUUCGUCUGCAUUCCUUAAUACAUGUGAUGUAAUGUAGUUCAUCGGAAGCAGACUCAGAUACAAUCUAUUGGUAUUUGUAGCACAGUAUAAUUUUCCAAUACCAGUAAUGUAAGUAAUAAUUUCAUUUACAGUAGGGUGACCAUAUUCUGUUUCUCUGAAAAGAACACACUUCCAGCUCGCGCAAAAAUCCCCCCCAAUUUUUAGGGGCUGUCCAUGGGUCAGGGGGUUUUCUGGGCUUCAAACUCAGUUAAACAGAUAUUCUGAAUUCCCCAGAAAAGAACACUUUACCUGGAUAUACAGAAAAUUAGCCUAAAACACUCACAAACAGUUGCUUUAUAAAUAAUAUAUUUAUUAAUUUAAAGCAAUUCUCCUAAACAAUAUAAUCAGUCACAUACAAAUAUGGCAUGCUCUAGUCUUUAAUAGUUAUUGACUCAAGUUAUGUAGGAACACAUGUAUUCAGAUGUUUAACAAAAUAAGAAAUAAUCAUCUCUCUUAAGUCUGACUGUUUGUCUGUCUGUCCGUCUGUGUGAGUGUGUGUGUGUUUGUCUGUUAACAGCAUAACUCAAAAAGUUGUGGACGGAUUUUCACCAAAUUUUUUACAGAAUGUCCGGAAGGCCAAAGGUAACAAUCGAUUAGAUUUUGGAGGUGAUCCGGAUCACCGUCUGGAUCCAGGAUUUUUUUGAAGGACUUUGUACAUCUCUCAAUUGGAUAGACAGAGGUCGCUGCAACGAUCCCGGGCGACGGCCGAAUCCCCCGUGGCGGGUCGGGACCGACGAAACGAAGCGGUGGCGACGCGUACGGUACCGUCACACGCGCGCAACGGUACGUGCGUGCGGCGGCGCCGCCUGCAAAACACUGUGCUGUUAUACACUGUACAUGCAUGUUAUGCUUUCUGCACAAACUGUUGAAACUCAAUACAAUCCAUGACUUCUUGAGUUAUGCUAUUACACACGUGGACAAAAUUGUUGGUACCCCUCAGUUAAAGAAGGAAAAACCCACAAUUCUCACUGAAAUCACUUGAAACUCACAAAAGUAACAAUAAAUAAAAAUUUAUUGAAAAUUAAAUGAUCAAAAACAGCCAUUACUUUUGAAUUGUUGAUUAACAUAAUUAUUUAAAAAAACAAACUAAUGAAACAGGCCUGGACAAAAAUGAUGGUACCUCUAUAAAAGAUUGAAAACUAUUUGACCAGAGUGACAUGAUUAACUCAGGUGUGUCAUUUAAUUGACAUCACAGGUGUUUCCAAACUCAUAAUCAGUCAGUCUGCCUAUUUAAAGGGAGACAAGUAGUCACCCUGCUGUUUGGUGAAAAGGUGUGUACCACACUGAACAUGGACAACAGAAAGCGAAGGAGAGAAUUGUCCCAGGACAUCCGAAAAAAAAUUAUAGACAAACAUCUUAAAGGUAAAGGCUAUAAGACCAUCUCUAAACAGCUUGAAGUUCCUGUGACAACAGUGGCUCAUAUUAUUCAGAAGUUCAAGACCCACGGGACAGUAGCCAACCUCCCUGGACGUGGCCGCAAGAGGAAAAUUGAUGACAAAUUGAAGAGACGGAUCGUUGGAAUUGUAUCCAAAGAGCCCAGAGCAACCUCCAAAGAAAUUAAAGGUGAACUCCAAGGCCAAGGUACAUCAGUGUCAGAUCGCACCAUUCGUCGUUGUUUGAGCCAAAGUGGACUUCAUGGGAGACGACCAAGGAGGACACCACUGCUGAAAAAAACUCAUAAAAAAGCCAGACUGGAAUUUGCAAAAAUGCAUGUUGACAAGCCACAAAGCUUCUGGGAGAAUGUCCUUUGGACAGAUGAGACCAAACUGGAGCUUUUUGGUAAGGCACAUCAACUCUAUGUUCAUAGACUCAAAAACCAAGCAUAUGAAGAAAAGAACACUGUCCCUACGGUAAAACAUGGAGGAGGCUCAGUAAUGUUUUGGGGCUGCUUUGCUGCAUCUGGCACAGGGUGUCUUGAAAGUGUGCAAGGUACGAUGAAAUCUGAAGACUAUCAAGGCAUUCUGGAGAGAAAUGUGCUGCCUAGUGUCAGAAAGGUUGGUCUCAGUCGCAGGUCAUGGGUCUUCCAACAGGACAACGAUCCAGAACACACAGCCAAAAACACCCAAGAAUGGCUGAGAGAAAAGCGUUGGACUAUUCUAAAGUGGCCUUCUAUGAGCCCAGAUCUGAAUCCCAUUGAACAUAUGUGGAAGGAGCUGAAACAUGCCAUUUGGAGAAGACACCCAUCAAACCUGAGACAACUGGAGCUGUUUGCUCAUGAGGAGUGGGCCAAAAUACCUGUUGACAGCUGCAGAACGCUCAUUGACAAAUACAGAAAUUGUUUAAUUGCAGUGAUUGCCUCAAAAGGUUGUGCAACAAAAUAUUAAGUUAUGGGUACCAUCAUUUUUGUCCAGCCCUAUUUCAUUAGUUUGUUUUUUAAAUAAUUAUGUUAAUCAACAAUUCAAAAGUGAUGGCUGAUUUUGAUUAUUUAAUUUUCAAUAAAUUUUUAUUUAUUGUUACUUUUGUGAGUUUCAAGUGAUUUCAGUGAGAAUUGUGGGUUUUUCCUUCUUUAACUGAGGGGUACCAACAAUUUUGUCCACGUGUGUAACAGACAGACGGACAGACACAUGGCCUGGCGGAGGUCUGCGCUCUCCGAGUGCUUUUCUAGUUUCCUUCUUUUUCCUUUUCUUAUUAGCUACAGAGACAGAAGUCCCAGCUUUGCAGACUGUACAUUCCGCCUCCCAUUUGACACGACCCGGACGAAAACAGGGGUACUUUUUUUCGCAUUUCAUCAGUGAAAUGACAUUUGCGUUUCGGUAUUUUCUUUCGGUUCGAUCUCGCAGUGUGCCUACCUGCCUGUCAGCCUGCGAGGAGUGAGUGAGUGUGGAGCGCCUCUGUACUGCUUUGUGAUCCGGGGUUCGGCUCAAACUCCGCCUCUCAGAGCGUGUUUCCAAAAAACCAUUCAACGUGAAUGAUAAAUACACUGGUCUGUGACGCGCUCAAGCUAGGCAAGAUCAAAAACCCGGACAUUUGAAGGACUUUAUAAACGCCGGCCGGACAGGUCGGACAGCCUCUCAAAAGAGGACAUGUCCGGGCAAAAGAGGACGUAUGGUCACCCUAAUUUACAGGAGCAGACUCUGUAUUUCCUAAUGUCACACCUCCACAUUGAUGCAGGUUUACUGUACUUCUUCCCUUCAGGCCUGUGUCUGAUAUUCCUCCGGUUUGUUUGUCACAUUUUUACAAAGUUCUGUUAUUUUAAAAAGCUGAUUUUGAUUCCUUUCCUGUAUAAUUAUAUUUUGAUGAAAGUUUAACUUAUUUUAUAACUACAGUUCUACCUUUAUUUGUAGCUAAAACCUCGUUUCGCUCUACCUUCUGGCUAUUUUUGGUAAGAAGUUGCUCUUGCUAGUGAGUCACCACAUGACUGACGUUAACUAUGUGAACCUCAAACCAAUAAAAAACAUCCAAACAAA